AUUGUUAAUUAUAAAUCUUGCUAUUUUAGCUGGUAAGAAAAGAGAGUGCGCACGGUCAGUCGUGAAAAUGGCGAACGGGACGUUAGACCUGUUUUGUGGCUCCGAUUUUUGGGACUAUAACUUAAGUUGGAACACCACAGAUCCCGAUUUAACUAAGUGCUUUGAAAGAACAGUGCUAGUGUGGUUUCCCUGUGCAUUUUUAUGGACUUUUUCCAUUUUAGAAAUUUAUUACAUAACAAACAGUAAGAAAAGGGACAUCCCGUGGAAUUGGCUCAAUGUGUCCAAGUUAGUUGUUACGGCUGCAUUGUGCGUUUUAUCCGCAACGGACCUCGUUACCAGUGUAAAAAAUGCCAAAAGUGAAGACGGUUCGGUGCCCAAAGUUGAUAUUUACACACCCGUAAUCAAGAUUCUAUCGUUCCUGUUAUCGGCCGUUUUGCUGGUGUUCAACAAGAAACAUGGCCUACAAACGUCGGGACUGCAAUUCCUGUUCUGGUUGUUGCUGGGACUGUGCGGUGCGGUCCAAUUCCGCACGGAAAUCCGCCAGGCCCAGGUCCAGGUUCCGGAACCCUAUUACGACUACGUCAGCUACUUGAUCUACUAUCCCCUGGUCCUGAUCAUGCUCCUUCUCAACUGCUUCGCCGACAAGAGCCCCAAGCACACCCAAUACGCCAAAGUGGAGAGACCAUGUCCGGAAGAAGGAGCCAGCUUUCCGUCCAGGCUCUUGUUCGCAUGGUUCGACACUUUAGCAUGGCUGGGCUUCAAGAAACCUCUUGAGGCGCAGGAUUUGUGGGACAUGAACCCGCAGGAUUCCGCCAAGGAAGUCGUACCACUGUUCGAGAAAUAUUGGCACAAAACCCUUCAAAAAUGUGAAAGUUCAUCCUCCCCACACACACGCGCAUCAUUCAAACCCGACUCAGCCAGUGUGGAUUUUGUUAACAGCAGCAAAAAGAAGCCAGCAUCUAUUUUGCCGGCCCUCGUGGAGUCGUUCGGCCCUACAUUCUUCUUCGGGGCAUCGCUGAAACUCGUGCAGGAUCUGCUGACAUUCGUCAGUCCCAUAAUUUUAGGACUUCUGAUUACAUUCGUCAAGGAACAACAAGAGACCUGGAAGGGUUACAUGUACGCUGUCCUGCUUUUGGCAACCGCCACUGUCCAAACCAUCAUCCUGUCCCAGUACUUCAACCGGAUGUUCAUAGUGGGCAUGCGCAUUCGUACCGCCCUCGUUGCGACCAUCUACAAAAAGGCACUCAAAAUCUCGAACGCGGCCCGUAAGCAAACAACAGUCGGCGAAAUUGUCAAUCUGAUGGCGGUGGAUGCGCAAAAGUUUGUCGACCUGACCGCCUACCUAAAUAUGAUCUGGUCCGCCCCACUGCAAAUCUUCCUCUCGAUGUACUUCUUGUGGAACGAGCUCGGUCCUUCGGUCUUGGCCGGAUUGGCGAUCAUGAUCAUCCUGAUCCCGGUGAACGGUUUCAUUGCCAACAAGGUGAAGGUGCUGCAGAUCAAACAGAUGAAGAACAAGGACGAGAGGGUGAAGCUGAUGAACGAGAUCCUGAGCGGGAUCAAAGUGCUGAAGCUGUACGCGUGGGAGCCCAGUUUCGAGAAACAGGUGCUGCAGAUCCGUGCCAAGGAGAUCAAAGUACUUAAGGAGGCGGCGUACAUGAAUGCCGGGACGUCGUUUAUUUGGUCCUGUGCUCCGUUCUUGGUGUCGCUAGUGACUUUCGCUACAUACGUAUUGGUGGACGAGAGUAACGUUCUAGAUGCAAAUAAGGCCUAUGUCUCUAUCUCUCUGUUCAAUAUUCUAAGAUUUCCCCUGAGCAUGUUGCCCAUGAUGAUAUCAAACAUGGUUCAAACGUGGGUGUCAGUAAAGAGAAUAAACAAAUUCUUGAACGAAGAAGAACUCGACCCCAACAACGUGACCCACGACCAAAAUGAAGUUGACCCCAUCAUCUUCGAAAACGGCAACUUCUCCUGGGGCGACGAGCCGGUGCUCAAGAACAUCAACAUACGCUUGACAAAGGGCAGUUUGAAUGCCGUGGUCGGCACGGUGGGUUGCGGUAAGAGCAGUCUCAUAUACGCCUCUUUGGGCGAAAUGGAGAAAAAAUCCGGACGUGUCAAUACGGUCGGAUCCAUCGCUUACGUGUCGCAACAAGCUUGGAUUCAAAACGCAACGUUGCGAGAUAAUAUAUUGUUUGGCAAGAAGUUCGAUCAGAAAAUCUACGAUAAUGUUGUCAAGGCUUGCGCAUUGAAACCCGAUUUUGACAUGCUGCCAGCUGGCGAUCAGACAGAAAUCGGCGAGAAGGGCAUCAAUCUGUCCGGCGGUCAGAAACAGAGAGUUAGUUUGGCCAGAGCUGUGUACGCUGAUGCGGAGAUCUAUUUGCUUGAUGAUCCUCUGAGCGCUGUCGACAGUCAUGUGGGAAAACACAUUUUCGAACAAGUUAUCGGUCCCACCGGACUUUUGGGCAAGAAAACGAGGGUGUUGGUCACUCACGGCAUCACCUAUCUACCUCAGACCGACAAGAUUUUGGUGAUGAAGAACGGGGAGAUAUCCGAAAGUGGAACGUAUCAAGAGCUGCUUAACAAAAAGGGAUCGUUCGCUGAGUUUUUGCUGCAACAUGCGUCAGAGGGACCUGCUGAAGAUUUGGACGAGAUCGAAUCGCAGGUUCCAGACGAGAUCAAGACCGAGUUCAAACGGAUGCGUUCCCACGUAUCAGAAUCCGAAGGCUCAGAAAAAGCGAACGGUUCCCUGCAGCGACAAAGGUCGAUCGACAGCUCUGGCAAAGAACGUCAACGUUCGAAGUCCAUCGAGGACUCGAAAUCCGUGUCGAAAAAGGAAGGUGAAAAACUGAUCGAGGCCGAGAAAUCAGAAACCGGCAGUGUCAGUUGGCAGGUUUACAAAUAUUAUCUGAAAUCGAUCGGUUUCUUUUUGACUGCGGCCACGAUUCUUUUGAACAUGGUGUUUCAAGGGUUCAGUAUCGGUUCCAACGUGUGGCUGGGACGGUGGGCGGACGAUAAAGAUUUGGCGAACGGCACGCAGAACACUCAGAAAAGAGAUAUGUAUUUGGGGGUUUACGGUGCUUUAGGCAUCGGGCAAGUUAUCGCCAUAUUCUUGUCGGUACUCGCUCUGUACGUGGGCACGCUGAACGCCGCAAAAUCGCUGCACCGCCUGCUGCUGGAGAACAUAAUGAAGGUGCCGACGACGACCUUCUACGACGUGACACCAGUCGGACGUAUCCUGAACAGGUUCUCGAAGGACGUCGAUACGCUGGACAAUGUCCUGCCGAUGACGCUCCGCGGCUGGAUAACCUGUUUCUUUUCGGUAAUAGGAACAUUGGUGGUGAUCAGUUACACAACACCUCUCUUCAUCAUCGUCAUCAUCCCAAUUGGGCUGCUUUAUUACUUCAUUCAACGCUUCUACGUAGCUACAUCACGUCAAUUGAAACGUCUGGAGUCUGUGUCUCGUUCUCCAAUCUAUUCCCACUUUGGAGAAUCAAUAACGGGGGCACAAGCUAUUAGGGCGUUUGGACAAGAAGAACGUUUUAUCACGGAAUCGGAACGUAAGGUGGACCAGAACCAAGUCUGUUACUAUCCCAGUAUUAUAUCAAAUAGAUGGUUGGCGGUUAGGUUAGAAAUGAUCGGUAAUUUGAUCAUCUUCUUCGCUGCCUUAUUCGGAGUGUUGGGCAAGGACAAUUUGCCCGGAUUGGUUGGUCUGUCCGUCACCUAUGCCCUGCAGAUCACUCAAACACUUAACUGGUUGGUAAGAAUGACAUCCGACGUUGAAACCAAUAUCGUAGCAGUGGAAAGAAUCAAGGAAUACGGAGAAGCUACACAAGAAGCUGCUUGGGAGGUACCCAGCAAGAACCCAUCAUCCUUGUGGCCGGAGGUUGGCGCUGUCGAAUUUAAGAACUACGCCGUUAGAUACAGACCAGGUCUCGACUUAGUACUUAAAGGCGUCGAUUUCAGUGUCAAUGGAGGAGAAAAGAUUGGUAUUGUUGGCCGUACUGGUGCUGGAAAAUCUAGUUUAACACUAGCGUUAUUCAGAAUUAUUGAAGCUGUUCAAGGAGACAUCUACAUAGACGGAGUGAAAAUAUCGGAGCUGGGUCUUCAUACUUUGAGGUCCCGACUCACUAUCAUUCCACAAGACGCCGUUUUAUUCUCUGGCUCAUUAAGAAUGAAUUUAGAUCCCUUUGACAAACAUUCCGACGAUGAAGUCUGGAGAUCAUUGGAACAUGCCCAUUUGAAGGACUUCGUCAAAGGUUUACCAUCUGGAAUACAGCACCAAGUAACAGAAGGUGGCGAAAACUUGUCUGUGGGUCAAAGGCAGUUGAUAUGUUUGGCCCGUGCACUUUUGAGGAAGACAAAAGUGUUGGUUUUGGACGAGGCUACUGCCGCCGUCGAUCUGGAGACGGAUGACCUCAUCCAACGAACAAUAAGAACCGAAUUUAAGAACUGUACAGUUCUCACAAUAGCUCAUAGGUUAAAUACAAUCAUGGACUCUGAUAGAGUCUUAGUUUUAGAUAAGGGACAAAUCGUUGAAUUCGAUUCACCCGCCACAUUAUUGUUGAAUUCAAAAUCGAUAUUUUAUAGUAUGUGUAAAGAUGCAGGUCUAGCUUAAUUUAUAAUUGUUUCAUGUUGUUUUUAAUCAUAUGUAUUGUGACCAAAUACAAGCAAAAAGUGAUAAGCACCUGAAAGGGGAUCAGAGAUCUCUUCCAAUUCAAUGUGGAUUAUCGUUGUUGUUUUACACGUUUUUAUUAACUAAAAACAUCACAUGAAUUUAAAAAACUUAUAUACCUACUUAAUAAAUGCUUUUAUAUUUUUUUACUUAGGCAGGGUAUCUUACCAAGGAUGGAUUUAUAGAAAACUAAAAAUUCUCGCUAAUAGUUAUUGGUAGCUAUUUUUUACACAUUCGAUUUGAUUAUUGUGUAUCAGUAUUUUAGUACCAGUCUCACAUUUUAUGUAUAUACAUUUGAUUUUAUAUGUUCUUUAAUUACAUUAAAUGUAUAAUAGUUUUUAUCAUAAUCAACUUAAUAAUAAAGUUUUAUAGAGAAAAUAUAAUAUAUAAUUUAGUUCAUUUUCGUGUUUUACAAAGAAUGGAUUUAUGGGAAACCAAAGAUUAUAGCUAAUAAUUAAUGCUAGCUUCUUUACACAUUCAGUUUUAUUAUUGUGGAUCAGUAUUUUACACUUAGUCUCACACAUUAUGUAUAUAUAUUUGAUUAUAUCUACUUUUUUAAUUAAAUUAAAUGUAUAAAAUAUUUAUCAUAAGACUUUUAAAAAGAAAAUUCAAUAUAUAAUUUUAUUAGUA